ACUUCUUAUUUUUCUAUAUUUCUAGAUAUCAAUCAGAAAAUCCAUUUAGAUUUGCUACAAAAUGAAGAUUAUCGUUGCAAGUUACAGCAAGACUGGAACGAAAACUUUAAACGCCGCUUUGAGGGCCCUUGGAUAUGACGUGUAUGAUUUUGUUGAGAACUUCUGGUAUCUUGGGGAUGACUGGAUGCGAAUAAUGAACAACGGGGGAAAAGUAGAAGAUUUUAAACGGAUGUAUAAGGAUGUGGAUGUCGCUCUGGAUAUUCCAGUUUAUUUCUUCUGGGAAGAGAUACACCAAGCGUUCCCGGACGCGAAGAUCAUUCUGACCUUAAGAGACGACGAGAGUUGGUGUAAAAGUUUGGACAAACAGAUGGAAGAAAUGUCUUCAAAGUCUUCGCCAUUAUAUGUGCUUGUACAACUCAUGACGUAUACUGGGUUUAGAUAUUAUAAAUGGACUACCAGGGCAGCUGAAGUUUGCUUGGGAACAAGAACCAAGUGGUUUUGGCAGACGGUGGACAAGAACGGUACAAUACAGAAGCACGUGUUUCGUCAGCACAAUGUUUAUGUGCAACAGCCCCCAAAAACAAGCUGUUGGUUUACAAUUUGGCUGACGGUUGGGAGCCUCUCUGUAAGUUCCUUGGGAAAGAUGUUCCCGAUCAAGUAUUUCCCCGCAUGAACGUUGGUGCCACACUUGUUGCAAAUAUGAUGGCGAAGCACCCGGUAAUGAAACGAAUGCAGAAGGAGUUCAAAAUCUCUAUGGGCAUAAUAUCAAUACUGAUGUUAUAUGGAUGCUAUAAGGUUUUCAAAGGAUUCACCUUCCAUGCAGAGGAGACGACUUUUAUGCAAAAGAUUUCUUCAGUGGUUUUAAAUUACUUGCCGAAAAUAUGGUGAAAAAUAUAACAACGCGUUUUGUGUUAA